AAAUAGUACCUAGUAACAGUAAAAUGCACAGACACGUCCAUUGAUAAGGUUGUUUAAUAGAAUAGAGUACUUUAUGUUGGAAAGGAGCUCUGGUGGUCACCCAGUCCAACCUUUCACUCAAAGGAGGGCCAACUUAUAUCCAGUUGCCUGGGCUUUGUUCUGUCAAGUCUGGUACAUUUGCAAGAAUGGAGAGUCACAACCUUGCUGGACAAGUGUCUUUGACCACCCUCAUUGUGAUUUUUUUUUUUUUUAAUAAUGUGGAUAUAGAUGAAAAGUGAACAGGAAAUGUAUUCUGCAAAUGUUAGGUAAUCGUUUGAGGAAUUCUUGUAAAAUUAACCUGAUGAAAAUUAAGAAAAUGUAUCUUGAUAGUUUCAUGAAUACAGAACAGUCCUCAUAAAUGCAAGUUCAGAUGCCAAGGCUGUGUACUGUUCUAAAUGGGUAUAAAUCCAGCAAAAAACCCCUAUGGGUUUAAUUAAAAGUAGAUUUCAGCACAUGAAUUUUACAGAAUGCUUUGAAUAAACUUGUUUGUAUGCAAGUUCUCAGCAAUGCAGAGCACUGAGCUCAGAGGACGUUCAGCAUAAAACACGAAAAUGAAACUGGAACUGCUCACAAAUUCCUAAGAAACUCGGUGGUUUCCUUUUUAGCUAGUUGUUUGAUGACAUAAAGCCUGAAUAAGAUCAGCCUACAAGCUCUGCUAUCAGUGCAUGUUUUAAACCGAUCGUGAGAACUGGAGAGUUUCUGCUGUCAUGCGAGUAGGAUAGAGCCACUUUGUAAGACUUUGAAAAUCUUAGCGGUUAUGUGAACCUGAUUCUUCCAAUGACUGCAUAAAGAUCUGAUAUCCACCUGGGAAAAUGUUUCAGUUCCUCACAAUGCUGUUGCUGGAAACACAGCUCCAUGUGGUUUCAGCUUUAUUUACAGUUGAAGUUCCUCAACAGCUAUACAUUGUGGAGUAUGGGAGCAAUGUGACCAUGGAAUGCAGAUUCCCUGUGAACGGCUCAUUAAAGCUAGGACUCCUGACUGUUGUUUGGGAGCUAAAAAGGCAGGGCCAGACGAAAUCAAAAGAAGUGUACACACUGCGCAAUGGGAAGGCAUUCCCUCCAUCCCAACAUCACGAUUACAUAGGAAGAGCAGCACUUCUGCACAAUGAACUGCAAUUGGGACGAGCUCUCCUUCAGAUCACCAGCGUGAAGAUCACAGACGCGGGAUCGUACCUUUGUCUCAUUGACUACCAGGGCGUGGACUACAAGUACAUUACUUUGGAAGUAAAAGCAUCCUACAAGACAAUAAACACUCAAGUAAUGAGAAAACCAGAUGAAGACAAGUUCGUUUUUAUGUGCCAGUCAGAAGGCUUUCCUCUGGCAGAGGUUUUCUGGCAGAAUGAAAAGAACUUCAGUCUCAGUGGAUCUGCAAAUACCACCUAUACACUGACCGCAGACGGCCUCUACAAUGUCACCAGCACCCUGACAUUCAAACCAAAUAUGAGUGAGAACUACAGCUGCGUGUUCUGGAAUAAAGAACUGAAUGGAGAAACUUCAGCCCGCAUCUCCACUUCAGAUUUAAUGAGUACAGAGUACAGUGGACAAAAAUCCCUGAUCUUAUUUAUCAUCCCCACGUGUGUGAUGGUAGCUGUCCUUUGCUCUGCACUAAUAAUAUUUCAAAAGAGAAAGUCAUUCAAGAACGGGCAACCCAAAAAAGACAGGAGAGGAAAACUGAACCCUAACCUGAAAGAUGAGAACAGAGAUGACUUUAAUUCUCAAACUGAUGCUUUAUAGUUGUCAACUGUCACAGCUUCAAGAGACAGUUGGGAGCGUGGGUCUGUGAAAACUCUUCAUCUCACAUGCCGUAAUUUGCACUUUUUGCAUCUGUUUUUGGGGACUUCAAAGGAAAGUUGCAGCACUUUAGCUUUGGGAUGAACACUGAACUCAUGGGGAUUUAUUGGCAGUGCAGCAAUGGAACGCUAUGCCUCUUCAGAUACCAUAUCUUGAAGUUACUGAGAAUUCUGCUGUCAUGAAAUGUGGUUUACCACUGUGAAGAGGUUAUCUGAGUGCUUUUGAUACACUUUACUUUUGGACUUACUGUUGCUCAAAAAAUUUUUGUUUAAGAAUGCCUAUUAACUGUUCCAGUCUCAGGAAUGGUGCUUGGAUUCAAACAUCUUGUGGGAAUUUGAAUAAAAGCCGUACAUGCUAUCUUAUGUCUAAACAGUCAUCUUUCAGAUGGACACAUCAUUACAUGCCCGUAUCUCAUUUCCAACCUUUCCAACACAUUAAACUGGAAAAUACCACAAGUACCCACCAGCACGGCAAUAUAUGGAAGAUAUUUUAUAUCACAAAAGCUAGAAGAGGUUGAAGUUAAAGGACAGACAAAAAAAAAAUAAAAUCCCACCAACAGUAAAUCAGCAUUAUGUCACAGAAGAGAAUUUCAAUGCACAGUCUACAUAAAACCCCAUAAGUAAGUCAGGUUAAAAAUAAUGAACUCUGAUGCUAUGUGCAUGACAGUAAGAGUUUUAUAUUUGAACUGAUUACUCAACAGAAUUUUCUUUAGGAGGAAUUUGGAAGCAAAAGUGAAAAUGAUGGUCAGCCAGAUUUCUCCACUGAUUAUUUUUAAACAGUUUCUCAGAGGAAAAGAUGAGUCUUUCCCAUGCCAGGCGCUUAUCUGGUUUACCUCCCAUUACUGGAAUGGCUAAAAAUGACUCAUUCAAGUCCAAAUAUGCUGUGCGCUGUGCAUAGCUUCUACAGUGCCAGUUUUGAAAAAAUGCCCAACAGGAAACAACUUUGUAUCUUAGAUGGUCAUCAGAUAGUGAAGCAAGGACACUGGGUAGGAUUUGUCUAUUAUUUUCAAAGAGCACUGGCUCUGCAUUUUCUCCUAAGAUAGACGUAACAAGAUUGAAGAAAGGUGUUCACAAGGAAACUACUUUUGUCAUUAUCCUGCUCUUGGAAGAGUGCUAUCUGUUUGCACAAAAAAAUAUCGUCACCAGUAAUGUUAAGUUUUCAUUCAUAGCACUUGCUCUGGAUUACUUGCUUUGGAGCCAUUUACGCCAGCACAAAGUGGACCUACAGUGCUGCUAGGAGACCAGAAACACAGCAUUCUCACCCUCUUCUGUUUCACCAGGACAGCUGACUUUAAAUAGCAGGGCUGCUGUUGAUUUUACUUGUGGAAGAGAAAAAUGAAUCUCUCUCUGCCAUCACCUCUGCUGUAACAUCUAUGCAUUGUAUCUUUAAAUACUCAUUUGCAGCCAUUGGAAUCAGCUGAGACAAAUCCGCACCAGGCUUGCUAUGUCCUUGCUGACAUGGCAAAUCAGGUAGCUGUCAGAGAAUCAGAGGCAGCUUCUUGAAGCAUUGCUUAGCUUCAGCUGCAAUAGCAGCUUGGGGACUGCCGUGGCUUGCACCAUCUAGGAAUACUUAAGGGUCAGUGCAUAAGGUCAUGCAAUUUCUCCCCGUGCCAGAUUUGUACUCCGUUGGGAAGAACAAUGAGCCCCUCCUGUCAGCCAUGGUGAAAAAUCUAACCCACUGUGUUCCCAGAAGGACUUAAUUUUGCAUUGUUCUAUUUCUUUUUUCCUCAUAAUCAUAAAAUGGAAGUAAUUCAACCAUAAAUAGUACAUUACAGCCUUUGGAAUUAGAUUACGGUGAUUAUCAUUGUUCCUUACUGAAAUUAAAGUCAUCUGGACAUUAUUUUAUGCCGCUGAGUAAAUGUUGCCUUGGUGUGCGCAGGGAAGAACAGGUGUGGGCAGCACUUCCUGCCAAUUUUACAGGCUUGGCAAACACUACCAUGCUUUCUCUCUUUCACCUGGCAUCCCUAGGCAGAGGCAGCUCAGUUUUGCACAAAAAUCCUAUGCCCUAUCCACUCCAUUUCAUACGAAAGGAGCAAUAGUAUUGUUUACUGUGAUAACCAUAAGAAUACCCAGAUAUGUAUCUUGGUUUACAAGUUUCUUUUUUUUCCAGCUCUCACUGGAUAAACAUGAACUGCAAUAAAAAUCAGGAUGACUGUGACAUCUUAGUAUAUGAAACUUAGCUUGUCAGCAGCUUGACCAGUCUACAUGUGUCUAUGAAUUUAUGCAUGAGUUGUUUUUUACUGUAAACCACUGAGCAUAUGAUACGUGUGUGAUACGAUGAGUCUGUUCUUUCUGCUUCAGCUACUCUUUUACAUGCUGUUAUC